AUGUCGACCAAGCACAAAGAAGCAGGCAUCACGCCUAUUCAGGGCGAGGCUGUCAUUUCAUCGGAGAAGCUGUCCGCCGAAAAGACGAACGACGCGGAAUUGAUCCCCAUAAACACGGGUACGACCUCACUCGAGCACGAGUUCGAGCAUGAGCUGGACGUCACCGAAGAUGACCUCCUGGAAGCCAAGGCUGCCGCAGCGGCCAUGUCCCUGGACGACGUGGUCAAGUUGAUGAAGAACGUGCGGAAGAUUCACGAACGCGACCCAAACUUCCCACAUCAGGUCCUGCUGAGGAUUGACGACUUCUUGAAUAAUGACGACGUCUUGUCCAAUCCAGAGAAGCAUUCCAAGCUCAUCUAUGAGAUGAAAGUCGAGGGCUCUCUCAUCACCAACAACUCGCCCUAUGCAGAGGUUCGCGCCGUCGUUGACAAUAAGGAUGACCCGAGCAUGCCCGUGUCUACGGUCAGGGCUUGGACCAUCGGCGUCUUCUUCUCAAUCUUUCUGUCCUUUGUCAACCAACUCUUCAGUGUACGCCAGCCACCCAUUGUCAUCGACUCGAAUGUUGCCCAACUGCUCGCCUUUCCUCUCGGCAAGGCCUGGGAGAAGUGGAUGCCGGCCGCCAGCUUCAGUAUCUUGGGCACCAAGAUCCACCUCAACCCCGGGCGGUUCAAUAAGAAAGAGCACAUGCUCAUCGCCAUCAUGGCCAACACAGCCAAGAUCCUGCCGUACACCACCUAUCUCAUCUGGUCCCAAGUGCUGCCCAUGUACUUUAACCAACAGUAUGCGCGGUCCUUUGGCUACCAGAUCCUCAUAUCGCUAUCCACCAACUUUGUCGGCUACGGCCUAGCGGGCAUGGUAAGGCGUUUUGUCGUCUAUCCGGCGUACUGCAUGUGGCCUGCGUCCCUGGUCACCAUUGCUCUGAAUGCAGCCCUUCACGAUGAGAAGGAGUCGACUGUUCUCGGACCAUUCAAACGAAUCUACACAAUGUCUCGCUUCCGGUUCUUCCUCUGGGCGUUUGGCGCCAUGUUCAUCUACUUCUGGUUCCCCAACUACCUCUUCCAAGCGCUGACAUACUUCUCGUGGAUGACCUGGAUCGCACCCAACAACGCCAACCUCACCACCCUCUGCGGGUUCCAAAAGGGCACCGGCAUGUUCAACCCGUGGCCCACAUUCGACUGGAACGUCAUGAUGUUCGACGCACUCGAUCCGCUCAUGGUCCCCUGGUUCAGCACCGUCAAUCGCACGAUAGGCAUGUGGCUCACGGGGCUGGUCAUCCUGGCAAUCUACUACAGCAAUACGUGGAACACGGGCUACAUGCAGAUCAACAGCAACCGCACCUAUGAUCACUUCGGUGCCCUUUACAACGUCUCCAGCGUCGUCAGCCCUCAAGGCCUGUUUGACAGACAAAAGUACAUUGACUACUCGGCACCGUAUAUCAGCGCCGCCAUGGCCACUGUGUACGGGGCGUUCUUUGGCAUCUACACCUGCACCGUGGUGCACGUUGCCCUCUUCCACCGCUAUGAGAUUAUGACGGGGUUCAGGAGCGUUUGGGCGACUCUCCGGCGCAGCAAGUCGGGCGGCGCGUCCGACGAUGGGGAGUAUAUGGAUGCGCACUCGCGGCUCAUGCAAAAGUACCGUGAAGUGCCGGUAUGGUGGUACAUGGGCACGCUCGUGGUCGCUGCCGCCCUCGGCUUCGCGGGUGUGGGCGCGUGGCCAACGUACACGACCUUGGGUGUUGUGCCAUAUGGUGUUCUGCUGGCGUUGGUCUUUGUGAUUCCCGUGGGCAUCGUCAAGAGCAUGACCGGUAUUGAGGUGUCUCUCAACGUGUUGGCUGAGUUUAUUGGUGGUAUGAUUGUUCCAGGGAACGCUCUCGCAAUGAACUACUUCAAGACAUACGGCUACGUGACUUGCGCCCAGGCAAUGGGUUUUGUAAAUGACUUGAAGGUAGCUCACUACUUGAAGCUUCCUCCGCGUGUCACCUUUUCCGGCCAGAUGAUCGCCACGCUGAUCUCAACAUUUGUCUCCAUCGGCGUCCUCUCGUUCCAAAUCGACAUUCCCGGGGUGUGCACCGCCGAAGCCCCCAUGCGCUUCACCUGUCCGGCCCAGAACUCGUACUUUACAUCCUCCGUCCUAUGGGGCACCAUUGGCCCCGUCAAGGUGUUCUCUCACAAGGGCCAAUACGCGCCGCUUCUUCUAGGCUUCCCACUCGGCGCCAUCACGCCCGUGAUCUUCUGGGGUCUCAUGAAGUGGAGGCCCCGCAGCCGCUGGGUGCGUCAGGUUCAUCCCGUGGCAUUGUGGUACGGCGGCGUCUUCUGGGUGCCCUACUCUUUCAGCUACGCCUGGCCCGCGGUGCCGGUGGCAUGGCUCAGCUGGAUCUACAUCAAGAGCCGCUUCCUUGCGUUCUGGAGCAAGUACAACUUUGUUCUUUCGGCCAGUUUUAGUGCCGCCAUUGCCAUCAGUGGCAUCGUCAUGCUGUUCAGUGUGCAGUGGGUUGGCGCCACGGUGGAAUGGUGGGGGAAUACACAACCGUAUAUCGGGUGCGAGGGCAUUGCCUGCACAUUGAAGAGCCUUGCGCCGGGAGAGAGGUUCUACCCCUGGUGGAACGGCAACCAGACACUGGCACCUUGA